UACAGAGAGGCAGUGUGUAUGAGUGUGAUGAGCUUUGUACACCAAAUACACAAUCUUUUCUCAUCACACCCUUCCAUUUUUUUCCCCUGUGCCACCCCAAUUCAAUUUUGAUUUUUUUUUAAAAAAAAGUUUCUGUUUUUGAAUGAUUAUUCUGCCCAAUAAUAGGAGAGGAGGAGGCGCAGAGACUCGAUCAAAAACCAAGUGCUACUAGUAAAAAAAAAACCAACUCUGCGUCGCCUUCUAUUCUCUUCUCUCUUCUCUCUGCUGCUGCUGCGGCGCUGCAGCUUCUCCUCCUCUUCUUCCGCCGCGGAUUUUGGCCGGAAUUUCGCCGGAAAAAUCUGGUUUUUUCAAGUCUCUUCUUUGCCUGCGGCGGAGGCGCGUGGAUUUUUUUCUUCUCUGCUGCUUCGUCUUCUCCCAUCCCUCUCCCUCUCUUGCCGCGAGGAGGGGAGAGGGGGACUUGAUGAAGAGAAGACUGGUGGUCGUAGCAUUGGUGUUGCUGGCCGUUGUUGAGUUGGUUCAUGGCGAUGGGUGGCGAUGGGCGCCGGGGUCGCGGCCUCACAGCGUGACCAUCACCGAGUUCGGCGCCGUCGGCGAUGGCAAGACGCUCAACACCCUGCCCUUCCAGAACGCCGUCUUCUACGCUCGGUCCUUCGCCGACAAGGGCGGCGCGCAGCUGUACGUGCCCAAGGGACGGUGGCUCACUGGCAGCUUCAACCUCACCAGCCACCUCACCCUCUUCCUCGAGGAAGAGGCCGUCAUCAUCGGCACAAAGGAUCCAUCACAGUGGCCGAUUGUGGAACCUUUGCCAUCUUAUGGGCAAGGAUUAGAUCUUCCAGGUCCUAGACACCGCAGUUUAAUAAAUGGAUAUAAUUUAAGUGAUGUUGUCAUUACUGGGAAUAAUGGAGUUAUUGAUGGUCAGGGCUCGGUAUGGUGGGAUUGGCUUCACUCCCAUGAGCUUAACCAUAGCCGACCUCAUAUUGUGGAGUUUCUGCAUUCCGAAGAAGUUGUAAUCUCAAACUUAACAUUUUUAAAUUCUCCAGCCUGGAGCAUACAUCCAGUGUAUUGCAGCAAUGUAAAGGUCCACAAUGUCACAAUCAAGACCUCAUUGGAUGCUCCACUCACUGAUGGCAUAGUUCCAGAUUCAUGUUCCAACGUGUGCAUUGAGGAUAGCAGCAUUAGUGUUGGUCAUGAUGCCAUAUCACUCAAAAGCGGGUGGGACAAUUACGGAAUUUCUUUUGGAAGGCCAACCUCAGACAUUCAUAUCAGUAGGGUUGAUCUGCAAGCAUCGUCUGGAGCUGCUCUUGCAAUUGGUAGUGAAAUGUCUGGUGGAAUUUCAGAUAUUCAUGUUGAUCACAUUCGAAUCGGCAGUUCCAGUAAAGGCAUCUCCUUCAGGACUACUCCGGGACGUGGAGGUUACAUAGCGGAAGUUGUCGUCGCAGAUGUAGUAAUGGAUAGUGUCCAUCUCGCCAUUGAGUUUACCGGUAACUGGUCAAGCCACCCAGAUGACCAUUUUGAUCCAUCUUUUCUUCCGGUGAUAGAUCAAAUCACCCUUAAGAAUAUGGAGGGGACAAACAUCUCUGUUGCUGGAGUUCUAUCAGGAAUCGAGGGUGAUCCAUUUAGUGCUAUAUGCCUUUCUAAUCUCAAUUUCUCUAUAGCCGAUUUGGCUCCUUCCAGUGCCUGGACUUGUUCAAAUGUGCAUGGAUAUUCUGAAUUAGUAUUCCCCAAGCCUUGCUCAGAACUCCAUGACACAUCUACAAACUCCUCCAUCUGUUUCUCCCUCUCUAGUUACAGUGCCCUCGCAGUACUAUAAAUAUACAGAGUAAUCUUGUGUCCAUCCUUCCCCUGUCUUGUUCCAGUCCUUGUACAAUUCAGAAAUUGAGCAUCCAUCACCAUCUUUCCAAUUCUUUACCACCAAUAAAUUCAUCACAAGAAUGAAACAGUACCCCUCUUAUGGUCCUAAGGCUCAGAUUAUAAGCUGCAUAAUGAUCUUGAGGAGGAAGAAUCUAAGUGGGGUUGUGGAUAGCUAGGUGCAUGCCUGUACAGCUACAUUUCUUCAUUCAAUCUGUAAGAAAAAAAAUUUCUUUUUUGGUAGGGUUGAGUGCAGGAUAUUUUCUUCAUACAAUUGUCAUUUGGUUAUAAAUUAUCACAUCAUGAUUAAAUUAUCUCUGUAUAUUCUAUCUCUGUGAGCAACAUUCUAAUAGAGCAGAUCACAUGUUAUCCUGGAACUUUAACAGGCUGGUUUUUUUGUAUGUAGAGCCAGAGGUGUAUCCUUGAGUAUAAAUAAGCAUCUGGUCUCAAUCAAGUUGUUAA